UCACACCAUUAAUUUUCAGCUCAGUAUUCUCGAAUAAUAUUCAGGUUAAUUUUUAGCUGAAUAUUCUUAAGAUUCUACAACAUGGCCGAUAACGCGGAACCACUGACUUUGUCCCGGGAUGUAAAAAGAUCGAUAGAGCUCUUGGAAAAACUGCAGGCCAGUGGCGACUUCCCAACUACAAAACUGGCUGCCCUGCAGAAGGUGCUCAACUCCGACUUCAUGACGUCCGUUCGAGAGGUGUACGAACAUGUCUACGAGACGGUGGACAUCCAGGGAUCCCACGACGUUCGGGCGUCUGCCACAGCCAAGGCCACAGUGGCCGCCUUUGCAGCCAGCGAGGGUCACGCACAUCCCCGAGUGGUGGAGUUACCCAAAACGGAGGAGGGCUUGGGCUUCAACGUAAUGGGAGGCAAGGAACAAAAUUCGCCCAUCUAUAUUUCCCGUAUAAUACCCGGGGGAGUUGCUGAUAGGCAUGGAGGUCUCAAGAGAGGCGAUCAACUGCUGUCUGUCAACGGAGUGUCCGUUGAAGGCGAAAACCACGAAAAGGCUGUGGAACUCUUGAAGCAAGCCAUUGGAUCCGUUAAGCUGGUGGUACGCUAUACACCCAAGGUUCUUGAAGAAAUGGAAAUGCGCUUCGAUAAGCAGCGUAAUACCCGUCGCCGCCAGUAAAGUGCACAUCAUCGGCCAGAACUAGAGCCAUAAAAGUUUCUGCCAUUAGAUCAUAAUGUGUUAAUCACUUAUGCUUAAAAUCAAACCCUAUAAUAAUUUAUUUUAAUGAACAAAUCAAUUUUGAAUAUUAUUUAUUACAAAAUCAAUUCAAAAAGAUGACUAAUCGUAAAAAUGUGAGUGUUAUGUAUUUAUACCUUAAAAUGCCAUGUUGGUUUCUGUUCC